AUGUUGGACCUCAGCCACAACGAGCUGUCCUUUGUGCCCCCGGACCUGCCUGAGGCCCUGGAGGAGCUGCACCUUGAGGGCAAUCGCAUCGGCCACGUGAGCCCCGAGGCCUUCCUCAGCACGCCCCGCCUGCGUGCCCUCUUCCUCAGGGCCAACAGGCUUCACAUGACGAGCAUCGCGGCCGAGGCCUUCCUGGGGCUCCCAAACCUGCGCGUGGUGGACACGGCAGGGAAUCUGGAGCAGGUCCUGAUCCAGCUGCCGACCACCACCCCACGUGGGCCACGGGCAGGGGGCCCCUGAUCCUGGAGAGGUCCAGCAGAGCAGCCCAGACUCCUGGGGCUCCGCUGGGCCGUGGACUGAAGAGCCAACACCCACCGUGGGCCCUCUGUCUGGCUCUCCUGGGCCUCCAGGGUUGGGCCUGCUCUGCCUGGCACUGGCCAAGGCACCGAGGCACGCAGCUGGCAUACUCCAGGCUCACAGACCACGCUGGCCUGGCAGGACACGCCUUACCCCAAACUCCCAACACGGAUGGAGGCAGCAACAAUAAAGCCAACCCUUCCAGUGCUCAGCACGGACCAAGCACCCUUCGGGGGCUCCGUCCACAGACUCCUCCCCACGACCAGUCCAGCUGGGGAAACUGAGGCUCUGGGAUGCUAAGUGGGUCAGGACUGAAUUUUGAGGUCCUAAGGCACACACUGGGGUCACCAAACAGCACCCUGUGCAACCCAGCCACGUGUGAUGGCAGGGACGCCCAAGGCCACCCACUGAAAAAACACUGGGUGACAGAUACAGGGCCCCUCACAUGUAUCCCCGACACAGCAAGAAGGGAAUGAAAUGCACCCUUCAA